AUGAGUACUGCACAAUCAACUGACGGAACCCCGGAUCGCAAGUGUCACGUGACACGGGAACGGGCCCGCCAGUUCGUGCGAGAAGUCCUGCAGGGGAAUGGAGUGCCUGAAGAGAAUUCAAACAUCAUAGCGGAUUGCUUGAUCCAGGCCGACUUGCGCGGUGUCGACACCCAUGGCAUGAACCGUAUCCCUUCUUACAUGGAACGGAUACGGCAUGGGGUCCUGGAUCCGGUCGCAGAGCCGGCGUUCCAUCAGAUCACACCCGUGGUUGGACAGGUCGACGGUCGAAAUGCGUUCGGCUUUCUGUGCGCGCAUCUGGGCAUGAAGCAUGCGAUUGAGAUGGCAAAGACGUACGGCAUCGGCAUGGUCAGUGUCAAACACUCGAACCAUUUCGGCAUGUCGGCGUGGAUCGUCCAGCAGGCUAUCGAUGCCGGGAUGAUGAGCUUGGUCUUCACAAACUCGAGUCCGGCAUUGCCCGUAUGGGGAGGUAAGGAGAAGCUUAUGGGCGUGAGCCCGAUCGCUUGCGGUGCACCUGCUGGCGAGGCGCCGCCUUUCAUCCUCGAUAUGGCCCCUAGUGUUGCCGCGAGAGGCAAGAUUUACAAAGCGAAGAGACGUGGUGAGAAGAUUCCGCUCGACUGGGCGUUGGACAAGGAUGGCAAGCAGACCGAUGACCCAGCUGCGGCCCUGGAGGGCGUCAUGCUUCCCAUGGGCGGGCCCAAGGGGUCAGGUCUCUCCAUCAUGAUGGACAUCUUUUCUGGCGUGCUGUCGGGCAGUGCAUUUGCGGGACACGUCGCCAACCCCUACGACCCAAGCAGACCCGCGGACACAGGGCAUUUUCUCGUCGCCAUCAAACCAGACCUGUUCAUGAGCCUGGAUGACUUCAAGGCCCGCAUGGACUACCUGUAUCAGCGCGUCGUGGGAUCCGAGAAGAUGGUUGGUGUGGACCGAAUUUACUUUCCGGGAGAAAUUGAACAGGUCACGGCUGCUGAAAGGUCAAAGACGGGCAUUCCGCUGGUGAAAGCAGAGGUAGAUGCAUUGAACGCCGAGGCUGAGAGAGUGGGCAAGCCUCAACUUGUACUCUUGGAUGGCUAG